AUGUCGGACGUGCCGCUUCGGUGGGCCGGCUGUGUCCGGCUGAGUGGCUUGGUCCUCUUGUCUCCGGGGUCGCUCUUUUCCGGCGGCUGCCCUUCUUUCCCCGUUGGAUGGGACAUUCCUCUUGACGCCUUGUGUCUUGUUCCGCUGGGGCCUACGUGGGGCCGGCGGGACAGCUGGACGGGGGAUCGGCGGCGGCCCAGCCGGAGCUUAAGGGUGCCCCCUGUCGUGUGGGGUGCCCCCUGUCGUGUAGGGUGCCCCCUGUCGUGUGGGGUGCCCCCUGUCGUGUGGGGUGCCCCCUGUCGUGUGGGGUGCCCCCUGUCGUGUGGGGUGCCCCCUGUCGUGUGGGGUGCCCCCUGUCGGCUGGAGGCGGCGAGCGCAGCCGGACGGAGCUGCCAUCGAGCUGACCCCCCCCCUCUGCCUCCCCCCCUCCCUCCCUCACCCCCUCCCUCACCACCUCUCACCUCCGCAGCGUCUAAACAGCAGAGUGGGAGAACAAAGAGAAAGAUAGAUGUGGAGAGUGAGGAGAGGAGAUGCAUGACAGCGAGGAGUCCGCCGCCGCCGCCGCCGCUGGAGAAUGACAAGCGGCUCGCGGUAAUGAUAAGAGCAGACGUGGAGCAUGGCGGAGCGAGCGGCGUAAUGACAACAAUAAUAGCAAACAGUAAACACCAGUCCGCCCCCCCUCCUCGCCCCCCACCCCUCAGCCUGACACAUGGGCCUGCAGGCGCUGACGGAGGAAGGAAACAGUCAUAUGGAUGA